AUGCACGAGGCAGGCGCCAAUGUCACACCGCGUGCGCCGCCGAGCGAGCGAGAACGGAAGCUCAUGGAUGUGAUACUGCAGGCACCAGACACGCGCGUGGCACCGCUAUUGGCGUGCGUCAAGGGCUGGCCAAUGGAGGCGCAGGCGGACCUGGCCAAUUGGCGCCGUGUACUGGAGAAGUUGCACCGAAUGCUCCUGUCAGCUCUGCAGCAAUGUCCGACACUACUACUGGUGAAAACAGAGCUCGAGAAGAUCGAGCUGCCUGGGACGACCACGUCACGACCGACGGAGCAAGAGCUGACAGAGCAAGUGCUCGAAAUUGUAAAGUUUUCCGGAUAUCUGCUGGAGAACGCUACAAACAAAGCAGUGUAUCCAUCGGUUGAGCCUAUCAUGGCUCUAUUAGGUGCAAGAAAUGAGCGAGUAGUGACCGAAGCUAUUAAAGUAGUGGCUAUGCUGGCCAUGCCCCCUCAAGUGCAUCGCUACGCUGCGGACCCCACGAGUUUUGUGGACCAUGCAGCAGGAAAGAAUAAUUUACUGAGACGCCGACUGCUUACAGUGGCCAAAGGACGAGGAAUGCCUAGCAUUAGUCUGGAAGUGGUGGAUUAUCUGAAGGCGACGAAUACAGAGCCGUUAAACGACGUCGAGUUUCAAUUCUACGCUUCGCAACAGGAUGGGGAAGACUUGACGUCACGUGUGGUGAGUGUGGCUAUCCCACCGUAUGAUGACGUAGUGGCGGCCACGACGUCUCCGGAAGAUGUCGCGUACGCAGCGGCUAUAGCGUGUGCACGCUUGAUCGCACAGCAUCAGAUUCCGAAAGCCCUACAUUUUCAGUUGUUCACGCAAGUGCGCGCGUGUUAUGCGUCGCGAAGCGCAUUGGCGAGGGAGAAUAUGGUAGUUGAAAGGUUGCACGCGCUUCUGGCACUUUUUUCGCUUUUUAGCGAUGCUUGGGACGUGACGCAUUACGUCGAACAACAUCCAGAACUUACACGGGGGAUCGUGGAGCUUAUUCGCGUCGAAAGCAUUGAGCGCGUACCUGUGCGCGUACGAGUCACUGCGUUGCUUGUGUUGACUGCGCUAGUGAACGACCGCGUUGGGAAAGCAGGCAGUAUGGGCAUGCUUGGACGUCAGUCGAACGUUUUGCAGGCUUUGGGAGUUGUGAAAGGAACGCCACAUGGUGUUUUCCCUUCGCUCGUGCGGUUUUGUAUGGCCGAGCUGGGCGAUACCUCCGCGCUUGGUUUUGUGAAAGCGUCAGGUUCUGUGUCUCCGCUCUUGCUAGCGCCGGAAGUAGCAGAUACCGACAUGGAUAUGAGUCUAGCUGUCGCAUUUGUUCAAGCUACAACCGAUUUGCUAUCUCCUCAUGAAGCGGAAGUGGUCAGCACGCCCCCGUUCCGAUGCCUUGGUGGUGGGAGUAUUCUGGAGUCAAAGCUGUGUUGGAUGGAAGGCGUUUUAGGACUCCUGACGGCUGUGGUAGCAAUCCAAUCUGGUGCCACUGUUCUCACAGAGAACGGAAUCAUUCCGUCCCUCUUGCAUGUGCUCACAAUGCCAGCGGUGAGUGCCUUUCACAUGGCCGUGACAACGCAGUGUGUGCAAGCGCUCGAAAUAACAGUGAGCAGUCAUCCGACAGCUGCUGCGCUCUACCGUGACCUGAACGGAGUCGAAAUUUUGGUGAAUCGAUUGAAGCUGGAAUGCACUAACUCGCUAGUGGUUUCGGAAACGAAGACGGUGCUAUUGCUGGCUAUUUUAGCCUCGCUGUCAAUGUCCUUCCAUUGCCAAGGUGUAAUGAGCGCAGGAGCUACUAGCCGCGCUAUUCGUGAAGGAAGUUCUCUCAGUACAGCGCUACUCCAGCUUUUGUCCAAUCUGGAUACAUUUGGACCAGUGAUAUUUGCUCAGGCGGCCAUCGUUGUAUCUGACGUUAUCAACAAUGAUCCGAGCAGUGUGAACCACGUCCACGCUGCCGGUUUGGCGGAUGCAUUCCUGAACACACUCACAAGGUGGGAUAUUGCAGAGCUAUACCCAUCCCGGGUCCUAUUACCACCGUCUAGUGAACUACUAACGGCAGUGCCAACAGUGUUAAAUGCUUUGUGUCUCACGACGUCGCAUGCGGAAAAGGUGGCAAAGUCGGAACCACUCAUGCACCUACUGGAUUGUUUUGCACUUCCACAAUAUACGCAAGAUGAAUUCGAAGAUUACUGCUUCCAAAGUGAUGCGGCAGCUGUUGUUGGUGCUGGUACUCUUGAGCUAAUGCGGCACGUUCCAAGCUUUCAAAAUGCUGCCAUGGAAGCUGCGGUUCAUGCAUUGAAGAAAGUGAUUCGCUUCGGUGAAGAGAGUAUGUCACCAAAGUCUUCACCGUCACCUCAAAGUGCUGAACAAAAGGCUAACGGUAUUUUACUACGGAUGACGACUCACUUGGCAGAUUUAUUGGAGCCUUUGCUGUCUAAGUCGGAGCACGCGGCGUAUUUUGCCGACCUCGGAGGCAUUCACCUGCUUUUGGCGCUCUAUCAGCUAGUUUUACCAAGCACUUCUAUCUUUCUGACAAACGUUCUGCCCAGCAGCAAGAUUACGCGAAGCGGGCUACCAGAGAACACACGUUCUCACAACGUAGCGGUGCAGUCGAUCACUCUAGCGCUUCGUUCCUACGCGUCUCAGCAGCCUACUGACCUUCUCGGAGCUAUCGUGAAAGAAAUGAGCUCACAGAUGGACAGUUUGAAGCGUGCGCGCGCAGCUAUCGGGCUAUCAUGGUCGCUAAGCGAGAGCAAUGAAGGUGCCGAAAACGUGCUGAGCUCGUUGCCGGAUUUAGAUUUGGAGGAGCUGAUUGGUACACAUGACGAGAGCGGUGGCACGGAGUCGGUUGUUAAUACGGUCGUAGUAGCAGGCGAGUACCUUCGGGUUUUGGCUGUGCUUGAAUGGCUAGCCUCCAUGCUCAAAUGGACGCUGGAAACUGCACACACUCACAUGCAGAGCCGGAGAUGGUUUACCGAAUUCACUGCGCCAUCGACACAACGAGUCAUGACGCGCUUGUUUUGUAUCGAUCGCUCUGUUCAGUUCGAGCGGGCAAGUCUGGCGGCGCAAUAUCAGAAAAGCCAAAAGGAAAAGGGUAGUAAGGCACAGGCGAGGCAGACCGGCGAAUCGAGCAUCAGCAUGGAAGUACCUAACGUAUAUGGGUACGACACACCAAGUUCGCAUACAGUUAAAAGUGGUAGUCGGGGUACAAGUAUGUGGAAAAUGGGCUCUUUACUACUCCUGCGCUUUUCACUGAGCAUGCGCAGCCUUUUGACGGCUUACAGUAAGGUUUUCUUAUCGGCUUCAAUGCAACACCGUCGGGGAGAUGAUAUUGUGGCUCCCUUGGCACCACAUGCUCGAUCAUUGGCACGGACAGUUGCGCAAAUCUUAGAAAACCAUUUACUCUAUGUCGUAUCAGUCAAUCGCGCGACAGAGAUUGACACAUUCGUACAGCAGUACUACCUCACGUUUCUCCUGGAGACGAUCUCGAUUGUACUUUUUGAGGGAAAGAAAAAGCAAGCGAACACACUGCUGCUGUUGGAGCUGAUGAAGCCAAUUGGCGAUAUCGUGGAGGUGCAGACUUCAGCUGCAACUCCUUUGUCGUCAGGUGAUGUUGCAAUGAUUCAAGAAGACGUUUCAGAAGAAGAAGAUGGUGCUGCUAGGCCUGGCAAGGCAAUUACCACGUGUGCUGGUGCCCCGAUCACGGCUUCAAACUUGAUGGAUGUGAUCAUAAAUAUAAUCGAGCAUUUCUUCACCGUUUGUCUCAAAGAUGAACAUGAUAAGGCUAGCGUGCCCAGUGUCAGGCCCUCUCAAAUGGCGUUGACGUCUUUUUACAUUGCAGCAAGCCUCCUUCGAAAACUGUCGAACCUGGAAGCUUUGUCUACGUCACCGUUGACCGCGGCGUUGCUUACUCGUGAUGCAGCAGGAGAUACCGAUGAAGCGCCAUUUAAACCCCGAAAGCUUACCGUGCAGCUGCAUGUCAUGUGUGUGCGUGCAGUGUUGUUAAUUUGGAAGAAUGCGAAGUUCCCGGCUUCUCUUGUGGAUUCGUGUAUGGCAGAAAUAAUGCCAAUUGUCGUGACUAUAUUGAGGAACCGCAUGAGUAGUGACGAUGAAGCGGUGGAAUCGGAUGGCGAAAGCGGGCUAAAUAGUCCGGGCCAACGCGAAGGAGUAGCGAUGAUUCAAGAUAACCGUGAUGGGAACUUCAGCAAUGAGCUUCACAACGAAGCGUUAUCGCUCCGGAGAGCGCUUUUUGGGGGAUCGCGCAGAGCGGGGCCUGGAGGAACUAGUCAGGGUCAAGUGUUCGUGCCGGAUGCUGCAAUUGUUGAGAGCCUGGUUUCCAUGGGCUUCCCGCAGCUACGGGUUGAGCGGGCGUUACGACGAAUUCAAGUAAACAACGUGGAGUUAGCUAUGGAAUGGAUUUUGGGUCAUCCAGAGGACGAAGACGAAGCGCAUGAUGGUGAUACACAGCAUGAAGAAGCACAAGACGACGACAGUGCGGUUGCGGCGAGCGCGCUGCGUCAAGUGAAAAAUGUGGCAGGGGUAAAGAAGAUGGACAGAGGCUUACAGGCGCUUUACCUUUUGUUGCGAGACAGUUUCGAAGCAGUCUGCUUCCAGAUUUUACGCGUGCGGGCCGCCAAAGAAAAGGGUAAAGAUGCGAAACGUGCGAAAAUGUUGGACCCCAUGGGAAAACUGUAUCCGGGUCAAAAUCUCGCCACAGCAAUCGCAGAGUACUUCACCUUCGUAUGCUCGCUCUCGGAUGUGGACCGUGAUUUGGUCGUUCAACGUCUGAAUACUGCCAUUUUGGAUCACUUCAAUGGAGGUGAAGAUGGUGGAGACGAGUAUUUGACUAUGCUUAGCCACCUAUUGGCGCUCGUGCUUCAGCUGAAUGUUGACACCCGUGCUGUGCUACAACUUCAAUCACCUUCGUGUAUUGAAAAACUCGUGACUUAUGUUUCAAGUGCCAGUAUCUGUGAUCAGGGAUGUCUGAAGUCGUCGUGUACGCCAGUACUACUGGUUUUUGACGCAGUGGUAGCUGGAAUGGCGGCCAGACACUCAUCUCCUUGCGGUGCCUCUUCUGCUGAUGGUUCUCUCGUCAGAAGUGAGACCAGUAUUGAGACCGAGUCGAAAGAGCGCAGCGGGAAUGAUGACAGCGACCGUAAUGGAGGUCUUUCCUUCGAAAAGCAACUUGUCACGAUUUGCUUGCAGACGCUGAAGCAAGCAUCGUCGAUAGCUUCAACGACUUCCAGCAAGGCAGUAGCUCAUGCCAUUUGGCAGCUUUUAGCGCGUUUGACGCUCAAGUAUGACUUGGCGUCUUAUUUCUCGGCACACGGUGGCCUUGAUGCGGUGUUGGAUAUUUCGGAAGGCUUAUUGUUUGUUGGCUACCAAGAACUGACUUGCACGUUACUCUCGCAAAUACUAGAAUCCCCUGAAGUUCUUGAGCACAUGAUGGAGGAAAAGAUUCGGCGUGCGAUUGCCAAGUUGUCAGCGCGAUUUGGUCCACCAAGCCAAAUGCGCAUCACACUGCGCGCGCUAUUAACAGAAGUUGCCCCAUUUGCAACUCGAGAUGAAACUGUGUUCCUGAACGCAUUGCAAAAGUCAGUGCGGGUAAAGAAGUCUGAGUCCGGCCGGGCGUACGUUGUACCACGAAGUACGAAGGCUGAUGGUACCGACGCAUUCACAGGGCAGCCUUCUCGCGCUCUCUUGGAUCCGGACAGCGCGACAGGUGGAGCAAAGUCUUCGCACAAAUUCCCUAAAGAUCACAAACACGAAGCUCACAUCAUUGUCACAAAGAUCAUUGGUCGCAUCUGUCGGUUGUGGGCCGUUGAAAAGCAUGCCAAGAAGCAGCAAGCCGCAGUGGGUGAUGAGGUUGGUGCCGCAUCCGCGGGAGUGUUUGUGGGCGUGUACUUGCAGCUACUGGUUCAUUUGACUACUCAUUUUCCUGCAUGCGCGACAAUCCUGGCGAAAGCAAAAGAUGAGACUGGUCUGUAUGGAGAGCACGACAGCUUUAUACGCCUUGUGCUGUGCGAAUUCUUGCCUUCCCGCGAACUCUGUCAGUUUAUGGCAGCCCGAAGGGCUCUGAAAGAGGACGGAUAUUACGGUAACGGCAGACUAGGCAAUUUUGACGCUGAUUUGCUUGUGACGGAUGCCAAAGAGUUUAUUGACCGCCGCACAACGUCGCGUGUGAACUAUGCGCACAGGCUCUUGGUAAGCAUCGGCAGCCGUUCUGGCGAAGGUUCAAAGUGUAUUAUCUUGCAGCUCAUCCAUUUGCUUCAAGAGUGGCCGCAAAAUGGUGUUGACGUUGCAGGCGGCAAUUGUGACUUGAGUGUCAGAGAUGAACGAGCGUUGAGUUGUUUGCACGCUUGGUCGGGUUUGAUUAUGAGUAUCUUAUGGCCCAAGGGCUCAUCGAAAGGAUUCGCGUGGGACAAGGUCGUGCUUGGAGGAGGUUUGAGGGGCAAACAUGCUUUCGUAACUUUGCUAGCCAACGCCUUGCGAAAAGUCGACCUGACACAUCCGUUAGCACACGCUAUCUGCACGAUGUUGCUGCGCCCGCUAGCGACACUUACACGUUCGUUUGUGACACACCGUGCACGUCGUCUACAAAAAAAGCAAAACAAUACCUCGGCUGACUUGGAUAAUGCGGGCUCGUCAGACCGUGACCAUAACCAGGCAUGCAAUACCGCUGGCGUCGAAAUGUCCACCUCAAUGGUGGCAGCUCCAGUGUCAGCUUUGUCGAUACAGGGGGAAACUCCUGAUACUACAGAAUCGGUAGAUCGGGAUGGCAGUAUGGAGGAGGUAGAGACACGACGACCUCCAUAUUCCGAUAGGACGAGCUUUUAUCCGCUACGUGAAGAAGACGAUGACGAUGUUUCGAUGCAAUCUCCGCUCUCAGAAACGGAUGACCACGACAUGCGUGGCGAUGGCGAGGAGCACAGUGAAGAUGACCAAAGCAGUAUAUCCGACCAUUCUACGGACGAUGGAGAAGGUGAGGAUGAUGAGGAUGAUGAGGAAGACGACGAUGACGAUGAUGACGACGAUGAUGGAGAAGACGACGAUGACGACGAUGAUGAUGACGACGACGACGACGACGAAGAUGACGAAUAUGACGACGACGAAGACGAGUUUGUUGAGCACCAGCAUUUGCUCAUUUCUCGCCGCACCGGAUCAAGUCGCCGCACAUCUUCGAACCGUCUCUGGGGAUCUCUUGACUCGGAUCUAUCGAUCCUAGACGAAAUGGAUGAAGUUGACGAAGACGAAUACUCCUACCUAAACAUACUCGAUGACGAGGCAAUCUUUGCCGAAGAACAACGGCGCCGCGCUCGUCUUAUAGACGCACGUAACACCAGAUCAGGUGACAACGCUAGCGAAGGGAGCCAGCCUGUUGCAAACUCGGAGGACGGGCUCGUUGAGACCAUGCGCGAUGCGCUUCUCUUGCACAGCAGCAGUGGUAGCGGGACAAGUUCUAUCUCGAGCGGCGAGACUCUUGUGCUGACAUUCGGCGACGUGGAAGACAAUGUGGAAGAAGACCGGGCAGACCUUGUUGUAGUACCACGAAGUUAUGUAGGCAGCAGACAUGCAGUGGGACCUUCGCCAGGAUCGGGAAGUCAAUCGGGAAGCGGUUCCAACAGUAUGGCUACCUCACUGCUCCAGUACAUUGAAGAGCUACCGGAUAUGCUGGAUGACGAUUUUACUUUUGAAGCAUUCGAUGCAAGUGUAAGAGGCGAUCGAUCACGUCGCGAACGUCAAUCGGGUCGCCCUGGUAGCAACGUGUAUGGUCAACUUAAUUCAGGCAGCACAACGACACAUCCGCUACUACGUUCGCAUGGACGUGGAGGCUCUAUCUUGGUGCGCAGUACUGGACGACUGUCACUUCCCCGUCACUCGUCUCUUUUGCGAGAGCUACAAGAGCUGACUGAUCAAGUUCAGUCACAGCUGCCGCCGGGCGGGAGCAGAUUACGACUGGCAGUAGGACGAGACUUGUUGCAGCGCGGACCAGGAAGUCGGGGUCGACCACUGAAUCGUGUUAAUCGUUUGUCUGCUGUUAGCAACCUGCUGAGUGAGUUUUCGCUGGAUAUCCCGGCCUCGACACUGCCUUCUCGAGACCAGCGUCUCGGUUUACGCAGGGGUGACCGGGAUGUGUUCAGCGAUAUUUUUGCUGGUGUCGGUUUGCCUCGAGGUCUUAGCACUCGUGCUAAUGAUGUGAUCGGUGGAACAGCUAGUUCGACUAUCUGGCGCUCAGGUGGUGAAGGCCGUGAUAUGGAUGUCCGCUCGGUAGCUUCAAGACUCGAGCAGCAAAUCAUUCACAUUUGCGCCGAUAGUGAGGAGCCUGCAGUGGCAUCUGCUGAUACGCGAGCAGAAGGUGAGACAACAACACAGCCGCAAGAUCAUGCUGACGAUUCCAUGGGAGAUCGUAGUGCUACUGGGACACCUCGGAGUGGGGAGGAUAGUGUUAGCGCGCUGCAAGCACAAGAUAACGCUGGGGAGAGCCAAACCCGACCAGAUGAUUCAGCGGAUGCUGAUCAAGCCGAUGUACACGACACGGCAACAGAAGCCGCUUUUGUUUUGGAACUUACUAGUACCCUUGGAGAAACAUGUCUGCUGCGAUCGCCACCUGAGUCCGAUGUCGACGUAGACAACGUCGACUCAGAAGCCGAAACGAUCGCUGAGGCAACGAUAGGUUCUCCACCUGAGGCGGCCUCUGUACCAACAAGUAGCUCCGAUAGUGCAACAUUACCCCCGCCUCCAGAACUCGAUUUGGCUACGACGACACCCGUAUCGAACACUCCUGAUGUCAUGAUGAACUUUACGCUCGAUUUAUCCAGAUUCGGCUCGGCUCCGACACAACCCGUCGCCAACGAAAGCCGUGGCAGAGGUAUGGCCAUCGACGAAGAGUCGAAGUCAGAGGAAUUGUCACGAACUGAGACGCAGACACGAUCAGUUGAAGUUGUCACGUCAGAACUGUCGCCUGCAUUGCUUGAUCAGCAACACGAGCGAGAGUACCAGUGCCCCGAAGGUAUGGAUGCUGAAGUGUUUGCGUCAUUGCCCUCGGACAUGCAAGCAGAAAUCGUUGCUCAAAGCGCGCUAGCAGCCUCUGAAUCCACAAGCGCUCGCAGUGAUACAGCUACGGCCGGAGGUGGCAGAGCUGGCUCUGAAAGUAUGUCACAAAUGGAUCUAGAUAUGGCCAAUUCGAGCUUCGACCGUGAGACGCUGGAAGCGUUGCCUCCAGAAAUUCGUGCAGAGGUCUUGGAAAAUGAACGACGCGAGCGCGAGGCUGUUGCCCGUGCGGAAACUGCUGACACUUCUCGCGCUCAGGAAAUGGAUAAUGCUUCUUUCGUGGCUUCGCUAGCACCCGAACUGCGCGAGGAGAUAUUGGUCACUUGCGACGAUGCGUUUCUGCAGACACUGCCGUCCCAAGUUCGUGCAGAAGCCGCUGUGCUGCGUGAACGCGCAGCCUUUCGCUCAACCUACCGUGAACGUGAUCACGCUACCGAGGGUAGAGUAGGUGACAACGACAUGGAGUUGUUUACUAAUCGCCCUACACUACGACGUAUGCUGACCUCUCACAGCCCCGAACGAGGUAGCGGUCGGCGGCGGCCUCGCAUGUAUGACGACGUCGGUGUACUGCGCCGUGGCAGCCGCCAUGGAGCUGGAAGCUCCAUGGCCCGUAAGGGCUUUCUGUGCGUGGACAAGGACGAGGAAGAGAAUGCCAGUGAGCGAAUCACGGACGAUCGAUGUAUGGUAUCGUUACCGCUUUCAGAGCCCUUGAUCCCUGGCGAUGAAAAAGAUGACGAUGAUGACGGUAGCGGCACGAUUCAGUUCCCGCCGGCCGCGACGUAUGGACAUGGUAUUGAUGGAAGUCGUGCUAUUGGAAGGUCCGCGGUUCCUACAGAAGUUGUCAACCGCAUGUUGUAUGUUCUUGUGUCUCUUGCGAAGUAUAACCCACGUUUUACCGUGGAAAUGCUUCAGCCUCAUGGCAUGCUUCGUGCCCCAAAUGAGUAUUGCUCACCGGUGAAAGCAGAAGCGCCAUCCUUUCGUGAGUGUGGUGUUGCUGUCUUGAUCGACUUGCUGGCGCUGCCGGUAGUGUACCGCAACAGUACAAACUUGGAUGCCUUGCUCGAGUUGCUUGAGCUAGUUUUGUCACCUCUCGAGCGCCUCCACAAACCGACUGGUGAUGGUAAGGAAGAAAAGGAGGGCAAUGAGGCUGACGCUUUGACCCCGGAAGAUGGCGGUGAAUGGGUAGCGGUACCGGCGGUAGAGCUGGACCAAGCGCGUAUGGGUGAAAUUGUUUCUGUUUUAGGUAUGGAUCUGUGCACGGCUCAGAUGCAGGAACGCACACUCGCAAUAUUGAAGCUGCUCACUCAUGUGCGUAGCAACUGCGAGCUUGUCAUCAACGCGAUCGUGCGACACGCCAGCACGCUGGCCCGUGUGGAUUGGCGCAAUGCAAUGAAUCUGCAGGUCGAGGGUACUAGAUUCGAGUCUUCAGCAGUGCUACCGUCGGCUCAGGAUGAGCUUAAGCUACUACGACUACUACACACUUUGUCAGACGUGUGCGAGAGCACUGCGAAGUUUACCGAGUGCUGCCAGAUUAUCGGUUUGGACCCGUUGUGGGAUUCUCUGAGUUUGUCGUUGACGGAAGCCCGUGCAAAGGGUGGUCUCGAUGAUCAGGACAGCAGUGUUUCUGGUGCUUUAUCUGCCCCUUCAACUAUUCCGGUGAUUGGGUUUGUUGGUCAGUCGGGCGCGGCAGCAGACGACGCAGAGGGAACUGUUAUUCAAGGUAAGAGCGCUGGUGCAUCAUGUGCAAUGGCAGCACUCUUGGCGCGAUUCCUUCCCAUGGUGGAGGCUUUUUUUGUUGUCAACGCUCGUGACGCAGCAUCUAUGUCGUUGCGCUUACCGGAUUCUAGUGAGCGCGAAGAAGCAGUCGUGGCAGCACUGAGUGCGGGCGGAUUUGAUGGUGCCAAUGCAACUGCACUCAUGGGUGACAAGGAGCAAAAGGCUUCGCCAAGGACUGCUCUAAAGCGCAGUUUAUCGGCUUUAUCGUCAAUGUCCGAGGCAAAUGAGACAAUGAGACUGGUCAAUUUCGUGGAGUCAAAUCGCGUGCUUUUGAACUUGUUGGUUCGAGAAAAACCAUCGUUACUCGACACUUCUUUAGCCGCUUUGAUCAAGAUAUCUCGCUGCCGAGCUUAUCUGGCGUUCGACAACAAGCGCACGUACUUUCAAAGCGCCAUGAAACGGCUUCGUCAAGCGGCGCUAAGAGGCCAUGGCGGCAGCAGCUCUUCGGUGCGCAUUCCCGUACGGCGCGAUCAUAUAUUUGAGGACUCCUAUUAUGCCUUGCGUAUGCGCAGCGGUACCGAAUUGCGGCGGAAGCUGCACAUUUCAUUCACGGGCGAAGAGGGCAUUGAUGCAGGCGGAGUUACGCGAGAGUGGUACAUGAUUCUUGCGCGCGAGAUGUUUAACCCGAAUUAUGUGCUUUUCACUUCAGCGGCAGAUUCCCCCACGUUUCAGCCAAACCCUCUCUCGUACGUGAACAAAGACCACUUGAGCUACUUUGAGUUCGUCGGAAAAGUGCUGGGCAAAGCGGUCGCAGACGGCCAACUUCUUGAUGCGCAUUUUACGCGCUCGUUCUACAAACAUAUCUUGCAGUUGCCAAUUUCGUACCACGACAUGGAAGCCAUCGACCCAGAGUACUAUCGGAAUUUGCACUCUAUUCUGGACAACUCGAUUGCCGAUCUUGGGCUAGAGCUAACAUUUUCGGCGGAGCAGUCCAAUUUUGGCAAGUUGGAGGUGGUCGACUUGAUUCCGGGUGGCAGAAAUGUCUCAGUGACGAACGAAAACAAGAUGGAGUACGUGAAACUCAUUACUCACCACCGAAUGGCGACAGGCAUUCGUCAGCAGAUCGAUGCGUUUUUGAAGGGAUUCCACCAGCUAGUACCUCCGGAGCUGAUUGCCAUCUUCAACGAGAACGAAUUGGAGUUGUUGAUCUCGGGCAUGCCUGAGAUUGAUAUCGAUGACUUGAAAGCGAACACGGAGUAUGCCAACUACAAGCCCACGGACCCGGUUAUUCGCUGGUUCUGGGACGUGCUGUACUCGUUCACACACGAGGAGCGUGCGCUUUUCCUGCAAUUUGUCACAGGUACCUCGAAGGUGCCUCUCGAAGGUUUCAAGGCGUUGGAAGGUAUGCGCGGCACUCAGAAGUUUAACAUUCACAAGGCUUUUGGUAACAAUAAUGCGCUGCCAUCCGCACAUACGUGCUUCAACCAGUUGGACCUACCAGAGUAUGAAAGUGAGGACAAGCUGAAGCAACGUCUUCUACUCGCUAUCCGCGAAGGCUCGGAAGGCUUCGGCUUUGGCUAG